ACGCUUCCUGUUUCUUCUUCUUCACUCUCCUCCAAAACCGCUAAUGCAGUAAAGUUGGCAAUCCAAAAUUCACAUCAGAAAUUCAUCAUAAUGGUACACUCGAUCAAUUCAAAGAUAUACGAAAUCGGCAACGAAAACAGGGAAACAAGUCCGCCGUCUUGGACGCGUCGUGAUGAAGAAAGGUUUUCAAAGGUCGAGCUUCCUGCGACGCGCGAUACUUUUUGGCGAAGCCGUAAUGGUGGAAGGCCAGAAAUCUGGGAAGCACUUGAAGAGGCAGCUGAGUGUGGCCAAGACUUGGAGCGUAAGCAAGAAAUCAACGACACGAAUAACAUUAGACUUGAGAAACGAGACAUGACGGUAUGCUUCGAUCAUACAGGUAAUAGAUACGAGUUACCUGACUAUGUUUUGAGCGAUCCAACGGAUAUGGAUGAAGAUUUAAGGACAAAUAAAUGCAGGAUCUCACCGUGUUCUAUUCUCUAAAUAAUACUUGUAUAAUUUUGAAAGAAGAAGAGAUAUUUAAGGACAAAUAAAUGUUGGAUCUUAAUUAAGGUUUUUUUUCUUUUUUU